UCGCUUGUGGCUACUGCCAACGCCGGUCGUGUACUCAGUGCUGUUAGAAAUAAAGAACUACCCUCAUCAUGAGCAAAUGUGGCGUGUGCUUCAAAGCUGUUACAAAAAGAUCUCCAGCGAUCACCUGCAGUCGAUGCGAAGCUGUUGUUCAUGAAAGAGCCGAAUGCAGUGGGCUGAACAAUAAACAAUGAGCUGCUCUUCGAGCGGCUGAGACCCUUGAAUGGGUCUGUAACGACUGUCGGCUCUCCUCCACCCGAAGAACUUCAUUUGUGUCGGCUGCGGAAGACGAGGAUGAUGAAGAUGAAAUAGCUGCACCAUCGUCGGCACCUUCAGGCAUUAACUUAAAAAAACAGCUUGAAAAUAUCACCAAAGAGGUUCAUAAAAUCGUGAUGCGUGAGCUUGAUCAGAUAAUGAAAUCUGUUCAGCAUGCCAGUGAUAAGAUCGACGAAUACGAAGAAACCAUCGCUGCUACUGGUGAAAAAAUCAAGGUGAUGGAACGGAAACAAACCGCCCUUAGGAACCAAUGCACUCAUUUGGAAACUAAAGUUGCUGCUCUCGAACAACGUCUGGAGGUAAAGGAUCAGGCGGUGUUAGGUGAGAGUAUCGAAAUUGCAGGAAUUCCAGUGCAGGACAAAGAAAAUGUCUUGGAAAUAGUUAAAAAAGUAGGUGAGUUACUACAAAUAACUAGUGACGACGGAACACAAGUGCGCGGAGCAAGACGCCUACCCGCACGGAAUGGUAAAACUGGGGCUAUUAUGGUACAACUGAACAGCGAGGGCUGUAAGUCCCAAUGGGUGGCUGCUGGACGUGCCGCUAGUCUAGUCGUCUCCAACGUGCUACCCAGUUCAUCUGGCAACGCCGCUACUGAAGCAAUCUAUGUUCGGGAGGCACUUACCCCGCGAACCAAAUAUCUCCUAUCCAAAGCUAAAAGAGAGUUAAAAGAUGCUAAAAGCUUUAAAUUCGUUUGGUGUAAAUACGGGAAGGUAUUUGCAAGGAAAUCAGAUUCUAGCAAAAUAACUUGGAUAAGGAGCGAUGCAGAUAUUGAGUCACUUACUGCUUAAAUGUCACUGAGAAGAUACCUACAGACACGCAAUAUACAUAUUUAGUAUGGACGAUAUUAUUGGUUUAAGCUCUAAUGAAAUAUUUAAUUGUCCCGACAUUAACUGUUUUGCUUCACAAAUACCUGGUAAAAAAAAUACCGAUUUAAUAGGAAUCCACACUAACAUACACUCCCUCAUUAAACAUUUUGCCGAGCUGGAACAAGUUGUAUAUUCCUAUAAAACAUCCUUCAUCGAUUUUAUUGUUGUCACAGAAGCAAAUAUUUCUAGUAAAAUUUGUCACUUCUUUCACUUGAAGGAUUACUUAUACAAUGCAUUCACUAUUAAGAGAAAAUAAGAGAGGCGGGGGCAUUUUAAUUUAUAUUCACAAAAAUCACAAAUUUAAACAAAAGAAGGUAACUACUAUUAACUUUGAAUGCUUGAUCGGUAAUGUUGAAACAACUUCACACUAUAAGUUAACGCUGUGUGCCGUGUAUAAGCCUCCAAAUACAAAUAAGCACGCAUUUAUAUCCGAGUUAAACCGCACAUUAUUAUCCUGUUCACAGUCGGAUUUAAUUGUAAUGGGUGAUAUGAAUAUAGACACCAAAAUAAAUGAUUCUAUGACGAAAUCAUAUAUGGAUAUGCUGAGCGGGCACGGACUUGAAAGUGGGAUUACCGAUUAUACCAGAAUUGAGCUUAGAAAAGGUAUGAUUACAAAAUCUUGUAUUGACCAUGUACUGAUUCGAUCCCGCUUUCAAGAUGUGCGCUGCGCUGCGCUCUGUACGAAACUGGCCGAUCAUAAAAUGACCGCAGUAUGUCUCCGGC